UUGCUUGGACUAUUUGAGCUAAAUUUAGUUGGAAAUUGCAUAUUCCGAGUGGUUACCUGUGUUCCGUUAGCAAUACGACUAUUUUUUGCCUAUGCAAAACGGUCACUAUUUAUCUUUGAACAACCGGACAACCUGACACUUCAGAUAUUCCUAAAUGCAAGCCUAAUGUUUGGUUUCAUCGAAAUGGUUGCCUGUGCAUUGAUGUCAAUUAUAACAAUUCGAUAUGAUUUCCCAGGUAAACCUAAAAAAAAAAAAAAAAAAAAAAAAAAAAAAAAAAAACAAGAUUUUUUUUUUAGCUGUAUAGUUUUUAUUAAGGUGUCUUUGCUGCUGAGGUUAGUAGACUGUAGAAAUAUUAACUGUGCAAAUAAAAAUCAACAAUUACUUUAUGAGAGUUACUUAACGACAAUGCAGAGGAAAGACCUUUAUAGGCUGAAAGCUUUUUUUUUUAUUUUGAAGAUUGUUUAA